AUGAACGCUCAAAUGAGGCGGAUUGACUUGGUUUGCAAGUUGCUAGGGCCCCUGUUCAUCGCAUUCGUGGAUACCAUAUCCACAGACACUGCCAUUCUAGUAAACCUUGGGAUGAAUGUGUGCUCCGUCGUCAUUGAAUACUACUCAAUAGCACAGGUAUAUCACAUGGUGCCAGGAUUAUCAGAACGAAACCAAGCCGCCGAGUCCGACGCCUCCACGAUCGAAGUGCAGCCACAUGGCCUCAAAGCACGCAUAUGGGGCCCUUGCCGAAGCCUGGUAAACAAAGCAGCCCAAGACUUUGUGGCCUAUAUCCGACACCCUGUAUUCCUGCCGUCGUUUGCUGGGGCUCUUCUUUACCUGACUGUACUGUCAUUUUCCGGGCAAAUGGUCACUUGGCUCUUGUCGACAGGCUAUGACUCUGCUCUAAUCGCCACCACAAGAACAUUAUCCGUUGCCUGUGAAUUCCUGGCGACCUGGAUCGCUCCCUGGCUCAUGGAAAGAAUCGGAACAACUCGUGCUGGACUCUGGCUUGCAUCCUGGCAGAUCGCCUGUUUAGUCGCUGGAAUGUCUGUUUUCUGGGAUUUCAAAGAAUUCCCACUGAUAUCAGCAUCUGGUAUAGUGGGUGGCACGAUUUUGAGCCGUAUUGGCUUAAGGGGGUUCGACCUAUGUGCACAAAUAAUUGUCCAAGAGGGCGUUGAUGCAAGCACGCGAGGCUCGUUUUCAUCUACCGAAGCUGCGUGGCAAAACCUUUUCGAGAUCUGCUCCUACAUUGCCACGAUUGUUUUCUCGAGGCCUGAUCAAUUCCAAUGGCCCGUUUUGAUAAGUGUCAUAGCAGUCGCGCUCGCUGGCACCCUUUAUGCCGCAUUCGUUCGCAUUCAACGGGGACAUCUGAUCCAUAUACCAACAUGUUUGUCUGCUGAUGGACUCAGGGGAUCAAGACAGCGUGGGUGGGAUAUUGUUUCCGCGUCAGACUUCUAG